AUCAAGAAGUGUUUAUACUUUCUGGCUGCAGGUUCAUUGCUGACAGGUUUGCUUCUAAUACCAGUCUUUUAUUAUCUUAGUAUUGUAAGAAACUCUGCAGAGGAGUGGAUUGGACAUAUCUCUUUUUAUCUUGUCCUAAUUCUGGCAUUCUUCUCAUUUUUGCUACCGUGGACGUACUUAAUGCUUGGUGGUGUAAACCCGUUAAGCUGGUUAAUCCACUUCAUAACAUAUACAAGAACAAGAUAUUACCUGGUUGGUUAUUGGAGCUGCAUUGUGUUGUUAUCUAUCAUGAUUGUCGUCUCAAAGAACUGGAAUAAUACACAGACAACAACUGUCACUCGGAAAUACUUUCAUGUUCUGGCAAUUGCAGUGUUUCUUCCUGGAAUUAUGUUGGAGUCCAAGUUAACACAUUUAGCUGCUUCAGUUGCACUGGCUGCGUUUAUAUUUAUAGAAUAUGUACGGUUAGGUAGAAUUGAGCCGUUUGGUGACUUAAUACACCAUAGCUUACAAGUCUUUCUUGAUGAAAAAGACUCAGGCAACGUAAUUCUAACACAUGUCUACCUUCUUUUUGGAUGUGCAAUUCCAAUAUGGCUGUAUCCUGUAUAUCCAGAAAGGUCAAGUGCAUUAGCAAUGUACUCAGGAGUAUUGUCUCUGGGUGUUGGGGAUACUUUGGCAUCUCUUGUUGGAAAAAAGUAUGGUCAAAACAAUUGGCCUGGCAGCAACAAGACACUUGAAGGAACAAUGGCUGGUUUAAUGGCACAGUUCAUAUUUAUUGGUUUGUUGUCCAGAACAGGUGUUGUUAGAGUGGUUAAUUGGGUUGCCACUGCGUUAUGUGUAGCUGCUUGUUCACUUUUAGAAGCCUGGACAUCACAGAUAGACAAUCUAGUCUUACCUCCAUUUCUAUAUGCACUUAUUGUAGUUGCUUGUAGAUGAUGAAACUGAACAAGCCUUACAUUUAAUGUAUAUAUAUUUUGUAAAUAAACUAUUGGUAAUCYGAUUCUAGAGUGAUUGCACUUAAACCAUGCAACUGUACAAACUAAAUAGUGCUAUUUAGUUAUAUUUAGUAAAUCGUGCAUGCAGUACGCAAAUUGAAUUGAUACAAAUGAAGCAUUCAAUACCGUCUUGCUUCAGGUCAACUUUUAGUACAAAUUAGUACUUUUUAGAUUUUGUACAGUUGCACGGUUUAAGUCUGAUCACUCUAGUAGAAUUUACUGAAGACUCUUCCCUCAAAUGGACUGGCAUACCUCAAGUCAACAUAUACUGUUUGAUCGUUAGAGUUCUAAGUAGUUUGGAUUGCUGUAAGUCCCCAUACCCUYCCCUCCCUAAUACAUGAAAAUUCACAGUGCCCAUCAUACUUUGGUCUUUUUUAGAGUUUUUUCAGAGUAGCACAACAAUUUUGAUAUCAUCAAUAUUUCAAAAUGUUAUUAUCUGAAUUAAAAAUUCCUUUUAUUUUCAUAGAUAAAGCCUGUUUUCUCUAUUUUGGUAAUAAUAUGAACCUGAAAAGCAAUCUGUUAAAAUUUUAAGUAACCAACCUUACAUAAUGUAUAAAUCAGCUGCUAUUUACAAAAUAAUGAGCUCUUUGAAUACUAAUUGUCAACUAACAGAAAAGUCUCUUUGACAGUUCCCUGAAARCCUCWGCAUYGAAGCUUGACAAAUUACCAGUGAAUGUGCAAUGAAAGUGUUCUUUUUUCACACCUUAAGACACUCCAUGAUACAUUUAUUGCAAGCUCCCUGAUCUUGUUACCUUUCAAGAUGGCCGAGGGAACUGUGAAGGAGUCAAGCUAUAGUUAGAGUUGUUUKCACAGGGAGAGCCUACGUAGCACUCAAAUAAUGUAGYAUAUUCAUAAAGAUAUAAUACAAAACACAAUACAAUAGAACGAGAAACAAUGGAAUACAAUACAUUUUAUGAAUACACUACAUCAACUGCGUGCUACGYAAGUCCCCCCGGUAUACACUCUAUCUAGCAUUAAUUACACAAAGCUUCUAGGAGUACAGCAAUGAAGGUUCAAAACAGUUAAUUUAACUACUUCAAUGUUUAAUUACCRCUACAUUAAUGUGAUUUUAACUAAAUAAGGUCCUGUCCAUGCUUAGACAUCUCUGUCUACAGAGCAAUUGAGAUACAAAAAUGACUCUUACAGAAAAAAAUAACAGGUUGCUUAAAGUUUGACUAGGGUAGCAUGUUCAUAAUAAUUAACUUUGAUUACUAAGUGACCUUUUGUUUUUCAAGGGGUAAAAAUAUGUUGGCCUCCGCUCCCCUCUCUCUGCUAAUCACCAACUCUCUUAAACAAAUUUUCCUGGUUCAGGUUUAAACUUAUAUGUAUUUAAUUAUCAUUUUUCUUUAUUGUUUAUAAUUAAGCUAAAAAUAACCUAACAUUUUUUAUACUUCUUUACAAUCUUUCCUUUUGUUAGGGCUUAUUUUGAGAGGGACAGGAAGCCCAACAAAAGCAGAGGCUGCGAGGAAAACUAUUUUUAUACCAAUAAGGAGAUUUUAUAAUUCUAGUUAUUAUAGUGUUGUUUAAUAGUACCUGUCAUUCAUUUAUAAUUUUCCGUUCAAUAAUACUUUUAUGGGAGAUCUUCAAUA